AUGGUCGGCACCCGCAACCAGUCAAAGCAACUGGCCCGUUUGGCAUUCGAGCAGCUUCCCGAUGAAUUGCUCAUGGAGAUCCUGGCUCACCUCAAGGACAGGGACCUCGGGGUGGCCUUGUGCGUCGGUAGACGUUUCUUUGCAUGCAAGGAGGCGGUAUGGCGUGAGGCGUGCGCCAAACGAUGGCCCACCUGGCAUGCCGUUGCCCGAGGCUCCGAAUUACCCUGGCGACGCCAAUACGAAAUGCUGAGCCUCCGGGAACGCGAGCUUCUGGUCCUCCCCAACCUGGCUGGCAUCCAGAAGAAACAGACGGUGGUGAACGCUCAGAACCGCGCGGUUCUGACGGAAUGGCUUGCUGAGCUGGAGUCCACGAUUGUUUUUAAGGCGGCGGCAUACCUCGACCACUACCUGAUGAACCACAACGUACCGGAGCUAGCAGGAUUUCAGCUUGUGGGCAUCGCCUGCCUCAGAGUGGCAAUGGGGGAUGUGCAGCAACGAGCUGCGCAGACGGAGGUAGAGGAGGAGAAGAAAUCGAUGGAUCCAGCUCGCUUCGCUUAUAUCUCGGACCGGACUUACACCGCGGCUCAGGUGCAGGAGAUGACUGCCGUCGUGCAGAAGAGCACCUGCGACGACCUACGCACGUGUCCCAAUGCAAAAAUGUUCUUGCGGAGCUUCUGGUAUCGGUCGGUGCAGGGUGGAGCCAUUUCAAAGGAAGAGAUGCACAUAUACACGCUGGCCAGCUUCUUCCUCCAGUUGGCACUCCUGGACUUGGACCUGUCCCUGUUGCCAGCCUCCCUUCUGGCAGCGGCUGCCCUGGCCAACUCCAUGGAAUUGUUUGGAAAGGAAAGCUGGCCAUGCACCAUGCAGCACUACUCUGCAUAUCUACCUGCGGACCUGGACACCACCCGCUCAAAAUUGAACCAGGUGCAAGCCAGCUCCUCGGCAGAGCACGUUCGAUCCCUGUGGAGGAAGCACCAUGAGCACCACGGCUAUGAAGAGUACAGGGACGAAUGGACGCGCGCACUGCAGCUCAUCGCAUGCCCCUGCCCGGCCCCGGCCGUCAAAUGCAGCAGCACCUCGUCCUCAGGCUCGGCUCAGACAAUCGGUCCCCUGUGA